UUUGUGAAAAAUUCCUUGCGGAACCAUUCACCGCUGGAUACCCAUCCCCACACGGACAUGUUUCUUCGACACACUUGUUCACAGACGCAACAUUUGAAAUGGCUGUUACACUUCACACAGAUCUAGGAGACAUUAAAAUUGAAUUGUUCUGUGAGCGCACACCGAGGGCAUGUGAGAACUUUCUUGCUUUGUGUGCCAGCGGCUUCUACAAUGGUUGCGUCUUCCACCGAAAUAUAAAGGGCUUCAUGGUUCAGACCGGAGAUCCUACAGGCACCGGUAAAGGAGGAACAAGCAUAUGGGGGCGCAAAUUUGAGGAUGAGUUCAGUGAACACUUAAAACAUAAUGUAAGAGGAGUGGUCUCCAUGGCAAACAAUGGUCCCAACACGAAUGGCUCCCAGUUUUUCUUCACCUAUGCCAAACAGCCUCACCUUGACAUGAAGUACACAGUGUUUGGAAAGAUAAUAGACGGCUUGGAAACACUGGAUGAGCUGGAGAAGCUGCCUGUGAAUGAAAAGACGUUCCGGCCACUGACUGAAACUCGGAUAAAGGAUGUGACCAUUCAUGCUAAUCCUUUUGCUGGAUAGCAGAUUUACACUUUCAUAUGAUACAAUGCUUGUUGCCUUGCUAAAGUCGAAAUACUUUUCAAAUGGUAGAACUGGAGAGUCCACUCACAUGCCCAGACAGUGGGCAGGGUGCUGACUUCAAAGCUACAAAGUGUUAAAUUGUCUUAACUUUUUAUACGGUGUAGUUCCUGAUUUUGCAACUUCAUGUAAAAAAUAUAUAUAAAUCAGGGGGAUGUCUUGUUUCCUUUAGACAAUAAACUUUGUAAACAAAAAUAAAAUAUGGACGUAACCGCCAUGAUGUCACCCAUUGGUUAGUGAAGUCUCAUUCUGAAGUGUUUCAAAGUUGUUUUUUGAAGCUGACUGUCACAAGAUGAAGGUGGAUCUAAACAGGAGACCAGAGGAUACCACACACUUCUUACUGACACGUGAAUGAUAUGUUGUUAACCAGUGAAAAUAGCGUGGAAAUUUCUUAGUUUCUGGUUGUAAAAAUGACCAUAUUUUACUAACUGAUUAUGAUUUACUUAGUUAACCUGAAACUAACAGUUGAACCCAAAGUUAUCAGGAAAGUGUUUGCUGAGGUUACAUAACAAAGGAGCUGAGGAUUGUUUCCCCAUAGACUUCUCUGUAAACGCAAGUCUUUUUGGAACUUUAAGAGUCGCCUCCUGCUGGUCGUUAAAAAGACUACAGGUUGAAGUUCGUUUCACCUUUCAGACGAAGAUGUAUCCGUAUUUUACACUGUGCUUUAAAUCAGUUUUGAAAUGAUUUUUGUCCUUAACAGGUUCCUCUCCAUUUAUUCAAGUACUCUAAAGGGGAAUGCAAUAAA